AUGACUGGACCCAAUCGGCAAUCGUUGGCUGCUUUUGUUUCACCUGACGACGACAGCAGCGAGCCCUUUCCAUCGAGUACUAGCAUCCAGGUUCCUAAAAACCGGCAUGCCCGCCAUUCCCGCAAUAUCUCUUGGGCUUCCGGUCACGAUCAAGGCGGCGAACCAUCUUCCGACUCUUCCUAUCCUCAGCCACGCCGUCGCGGGGAAUCAAACGUCUCUCUCGCUCACGUCUCAGAGGGUUCUUCCUCUGGCCCCCACGACGACGAUAGUGCAAUGGCCCUGAGGAAUAGCUCUUUCGAAUGGAACGACUCCCACGGCAACUCUCGGCAUAUGCGCUCCCGCUCCCAAAGCCAACAGCUGCCGAACUUCGACCUCAACCGGGUCGAGAUGUCUCCCCCGCGGCCGACGCCGGGCCCCGUGACAUGGAUGUCGCUGCCGCACAAGAAGCAGCUGGCCCUGCUCGGUCUGUGUCGUGUGUUUGACUUUCUGCAGAUUGCGUCUCUGCAGGCGUACAUGUUCUACCAGCUCAAAUCCUUUGACGAGACCCUCUCCGAUUCCGACGUUUCUACUCAAGCCGGUAUCCUUCAGGGUGCGUUUACGGCCGCCCAGUUUGCGACGGCCAUUCCUUGGGGUCGUGUUGCGGAUGCGGAGUGGGGUGGACGCAGGUUCGUCCUCCUUGUUGGGUUGGUAGGGACUGCGGUCUCUUGUUUGGGCGUUGCCUUUGCGACCUCGUUCGCGCAGGCCGUGUUCUGGCGGUCGUUUGGUGGUGCCAUUAACGGGACCGUGGGUAUUAUCCGGACUAUGAUUGCGGAAAAUGUAAAGGAAAAGAAAUACCAUUCUCGAGCAUUCUUGAUUCUUCCUAUUGGGUUUAAUGUUGCUGCUCUUUUUGGCCCUGUCAUGGGCGGAAUGCUCUCCGACCCAGUCAGAGCCUACCCUACCCUGUUCGGCCCCAAUUCCUCGUUUGGAGGUGAGAAUGGGGUUCAAUGGCUUAUGACUUAUCCUUAUGCGCUGCCCAUGUUGGCCAAUGCGAUUUUCCUCACUUUCUGUGCUGGUUGUGUCGCCGCUGGUCUUGAGGAGACCCUGGAGGCGUGCAAGGGAAAGCCUGGUAUCGGUACAUAUUCUCUACGACUUGUUGCUCGCGUUAUCAGAGCGGCCGUUCCUUCAUCCUCGCCGUUGUAUUCUAGACUACCUUUUGCCGAUUACGAAGAGUCAGGGCCGCUGCUUGGAAGGGCCUCCGAGACGUACGAACUUGAAGAGAAGACGGCCAGACCUGGACGUCAUGCUCCUCACAUCUUGCCAUUCCGACGGCUUUGGACCAAGAACGUCUUCUGCACCCUAUUAGCUCAAGCGUUCUUCGAUUUCCAAAUGGGUGCAUUCAACAACCUUUGGCUCCUUUUCCUCUCCACGCCUCGAUACGACUCGAACGACCCUGCUAGCCCCGUGCAAAGCCUGCCUUUCAUUUUCACCGGUGGAUUGGGCAUGCUUCCGCAGAGUGUCGGCUUCGCAACCGCAAUUCUCGGUGUAAUCGGCAUGAUCCUCCAAUUCACCAUCUAUCCCUCCAUCAACAGCCGCCUGGGAACAGCCAAGAGUUACCAAUACUUCCUAACACUCUUCCCCGUCGCUUACGCCUUCGCGCCUUACAUCGCUCUCGCCCCCUCGAGCACACCACCCCCGAACCAAGCCAACGGCGGUUGGGUUUGGUUCUCGAUUAUCGUCGUCCUUUUCCUCCAGGUCACGGCACGAACAUUCACCCUCCCGACCUCAAUUAUCCUUCUCAACAACUGCUCCCCACACCCGUCCGUUCUGGGGACCAUCCACGGCGUCGGCCAAUCCGUCUCCUCUGCCUUCCGUACGAUCGGGCCUAUCUUCUCAGGCGCAUGGUACGGUUAUGGUUUGGAUAUCGGCACCGUCGGGUUCGCGUGGUGGUUAAUCGCUCUCGUUUCCGUGUUCGGCUGCUUCGCUGCUAUUUUUGUCUACGAAGGGUCAGGACAUGAAAUAUUCCUCCCUGGGGAGGAGGAAGAAAUGUAA